AUGGCGACUGAAGCACCAGAGCAAGCCCCCCAAGCUGAUGGAGUCCAAUCUCUUUCAAUUUCCGAGGCUCCACCAUCCAGCUCCUCAAACCCAACCAUCCAAAUGAGUUUGGAGGAGAGGUACCAGAUUUUGAGGAGUGUGGCAGAGGAAUGUAUUCAGGAGGACGAACUUCGGAAUUUGCUGGCUCAUAAGUCCGAACCCAUCGCCUAUGAUGGGUUUGAACCCUCCGGUCGAAUGCAUAUUGCUCAGGGAGUUAUGAAGACGAUAAAUGUGAACAAGAUGACCUCUGCUGGCUGCAGAGUGAAAAUAUGGAUUGCAGAUUGGUUUGCAAUGCUAAACAAUAAGAUGGGGGGUGAUUUGAAAAAGAUAGAGACUGUUGGGCGCUACAUGAUAGAGAUAUGGAGGGCUGCUGGGAUGAAUUUGGACAAUGGAAAAGUUGAGUUUUUGUGGUCUUCAAAGGAGAUUAAUUCGAAAGCAGAUGAGUACUGGCCUCGUGUGAUGGACAUAGCUCAAAAGAAUAAUCUUAAAAGGAUAAUUAGGUGUAGUCAGAUUAUGGGUCGAAGUGAGCAAGAGGAUUUAACUGCAGCCCAAAUUUUCUACCCAUGUAUGCAAUGUGCAGAUAUAUUCUUCCUUAAGGCUGACAUCUGCCAGUUGGGAAUGGAUCAACGCAAAGUGAAUGUUCUUGCAAGAGAAUAUUGUGAUGACAUCAAGAAGAAGAACAAACCUAUUAUCCUGUCACACCACAUGUUACCUGGUUUGCAACAAGGGCAGGAGAAGAUGUCUAAAAGUGAUGUAUCAUCCUCCGUAUUCAUGGAAGAUGAAGAGGCUGAAGUGAAUUUGAAGAUAAAGAAAGCUUACUGCCCUCCAAAUGUUGUUGAAGGGAAUCCAUGCAUGGAGUAUGUGAAGUAUCUCAUCCUACCUUGGUUCAAUGAGUUUAUUGUUGAGCGCUCUGAAAAAAAUGGCGGAAAUAAGACCUUCAAAAGCUUUGAAGAAUUGGCUGCUGAUUAUGAAAGUGGUGAGCUACAUCCAGCUGACCUAAAAUCAGCUUUAUCAAAAGCAUUGAACAAAAUACUGGAGCCUGUACGGUCACACUUCAAGAAUGACAAAACUGCCAAACAGCUAUUGCAAACUGUCAAGGGUCAAAAUGAUUUGAACGACAGUUUGAAAUAG